GAAAUCGUGUCACUGGCGAAUGUAAAUGAAAUCUAAUAUGAGAAGGAAUAAUAUAAACAGUAAUCGAGAGAAUUUCGCCGUUUCGCAGGUUCUCUCGAAACAAUGGCUCAAAAGUCGGAUAUAUCAGUGGAAACGGCAAAUGCAACAUCUGGAAAACCAAAUCCACCAUCACCAAAGUCCCGACUUGCAAUGCUGAAGAGAACCAAGAAAGCAUCAAAUGCAUCAUCGGAUCCGUUUCGCUUUCAAAACAAUGGAAUUUCCUACAAGGGAAAGCUGAUCGGAGAACAAGAUGUGGACAAGGCUCGAGGAGAUGCAAUGUGUGCUGAAGCAAUGCGAACUGCCAAGAGUAUUAUCAAGGCUGCUGGAGCUCACAAAACACGUAUUACUCUUCAAAUCAACAUUGAUGGAAUCAAAGUUCUUGAUGAAAAGAGCGGCGCUGUUCUUCAUAAUUUCCCAGUAUCAAGAAUCUCUUUCAUCGCUCGUGAUUCUUCUGAUGCUCGAGCUUUUGGACUUGUUUACGGUGAACCUGGAGGCAAGUACAAGUUCUAUGGAAUCAAAACAGCACAGGCAGCUGAUCAAGCAGUUCUUGCUAUCAGAGACAUGUUCCAAGUUGUUUUUGAAAUGAAGAAAAAACAGAUUGAGCAAGUUAAGCAACAACAGAUUCAAGAUGGUGGAGCUGAAAUUAGUUUCCAGAGCAAGAAGGAAGGUGGAGUCGCCGUCGCUGAUCUUCUCGACUUGGAAUCCGAACUUCAGCAAAUUGAACGAGGAGUUCAACAACUUUCAACUGUCCCGACAAACUGUGAUGCCUUCGGAGCAUCACCAUUUGGAGAUCCUUUCGUAGACAGCUUCAACAGUACAGCCACGUCAAAUGGAACUGCAAAUAUGUCUGGAACUCAAGUGCCAUUUGGAGGACUUCAACUUCCACAAGUUCAACAAAUGCAGAUGCCAAUGGUUCAAAUUCCUCAACAAUCUCAUCAGAAUUGGCCAACAUCCGGAGCUGGAUCAUUUGACGCUUGGGGACAACAACAACAGCAGCAACAAAUGCACCAUGCUCAUAGUACACCUGCUUUCGGAACAAACGGAUUCUCGGAUACUAAUCCAUUUGCGUCGGCUUUCAAUACUCAAGCUCCGCCACCACCACUUCCAACUGUUGCUCCAACACAAUACCGUGAUCCAUUCUCUGUACAUUCCUCUGCUAUUCCAAAUUCAAAUAUUGAUUGGACUGGAACUGGGACUACGAAAGAGAAUAUGGCACCAUCUACUAAUAUCCAACAACAGCAGUCAUCAUUGCAUCACGCCAGCACUUUUGCCAACUUUGGAGAUAAUAAAUUCAGGGCCGAAACCUGGAGUGAAAAGAAGGUGACGUCGCUUGAAGAAGCUUUCACGAAAUUGGUUGAUAUGGACGCAUUGGUUGGUGGACAGGGUAUCAAGGAGACAAAAAAGAAUCCAUUUGAGCAUAUCUUAAACCCACCAAAGGCUUCUCUGAACUCCAUGUCGACAACAUGUUCUGCUGCUCAAAUGGCUGCCACUCAACAGCAUACGACUUCAUCUCAUGCUGAUCCAUUUGGUGAUGAUUUCUUCCGAUAAAUUGUGCCAAACAUCGUUCUAUUCAAUGACCUCAUGUGCCAUGCAACAACAGCACUCUAUCGUUUCUUUGUGUGUAAAUUGUAAAAUUUUUUUUAAUUCUUCAUAGUCCCUUUUGUAUUUCACUUGUUUUAAUUCAGUUUCUAUCGCAUACACUUUAGACCGGUGAUCAUCAUUUCACACACCCACCCAAAACAUUUCCUGUUCUUUUUUAUUUUUGAAAUUUCCAAAAAUUCAUAUUCAUAGCAAUGCUAACAAAAAUCCUUGUUUUCCUACUUUUUAACCAUCAUUGAUUUGUUUAGCGUUUUAGGGAAAUGUUUUUUUGUAUUAUUAUUAUUUUAUAUAUUGCAUUCAAUGGACCACCAUCAACCCCCCCCCCCCCCCCAACCAUCUCUGUGAUAUUCUAUCGCUAUUCUAUAGGGCCGUUUUCCAACCAACUUGUCAAUCUCUCACCUCCCUUAUAUUCGCCUAAUUUUAUAUUAUCGGUUUGCUCUUCCGCCUUGCGAAAUGAAAUGCUUUCUGUCAAA